AGAGAACUAUUCAAAAUCCAGAAAGUCUUCAACCAGAAGGUCAAGAAGAUGCAGAUGGAGAUGGAGGAGAUGGACAGGGAGAAGAAGAAGAAGAAGAGGCUGCAGGACGAAGAUGGGGAGGAAGCCACCCCGGAGGUGGAAGAGGAGACUCUGAGGAUACCCGAGGCUGUGAACAUCAUCAAUACCUCCAUGGAGUCGAUCAAACAGUUCAAGGUAUCAGUUCUGUUGGACAAACCAAACAUUUUACAGUUAUAUUAACAAUAUUUUUAAUUUUUUUUUAAAAAUAUUUUUAUCUAGGAGCUAGUUUAUUUGUUAUUUGUUUGUUUAUUUUUUGGGAGAUGUGGGAGGUAGUGGAACUACAGGAGGAGGUAAAAGUUUUAUCUAUGCUAAAUUAAAAAAAAAAAAACUCUUUUAAAUAAUGCCUUUUAAGUUGAUCUAUGUUAAUUUGUUAAUCUUUGCCUUUUGCAAGAACUUACUAAUUCACUCUUAUGAAGCACAUAUGAUAUUUUUUUUUGGUUACAUUCAGAUUUUCCCCUCCUUGUUUGUCAUUUAACAGGAAGUGAUCCCCGUUAUUGCCAUCAUGUGCAAUCCUGGCAUACGCAAGCGUCACUGGGACAAAAUGAAUGAGAUUGCUGGCUUCAACCUAACACCGGACACAGGG